UAUUAACUAAUCGUGGUCGCGUAUAGACAUCAAUAACGGUUUCUUACAUUACGGUUAAAAUAGAAAAGCUAAAACUCGCGCGAGUUUCAUUCGUCUGUAAAAUGUAUGUGCAAAUAAAAACAUAAACAUUGCAUGCACGCACACACUUAUACACAACCAUAACUCGGUUUCGAAAGUCAAAGAAGAAGUAAAACAACAUAAAAGCCAAGUCAUCUCUGAAAAAUAAUAAAAUAAAAUUGAAAUAAUCAAAAAAUAUUAUAUGGAAAAAUGCAAUAUGUGAAUGAGAGAAAUGAUGUGAAAGAAGUUAAAUAAUGUAAACGAAGGAAAAUCAAGAAGAAAUUGUAACCAACAAAUAAAGAAAAGAGAGCAAGUAAAAUCGUGGAGAAGAGAGAGAGAGAGUGGGUUGUUUUACCAACUAAAAAAAAAUAUUUGUGUUAAACGAAAUAAUUUGUAUGCAAAAUAUUGAAGUUUUUCCUUUUGAAUUGCAUUUGUGUGGAUGAUUUCCAAAAGAUUUUAGUAGCGGUGGUUUAAGGCGAAACCAAACUCGAAAAAGACAUAAUUUAUGAUCGAAUGACAGAAAUUGACUUUAUAUUGCAAAAACACAGUUGAUUUGAUUCCAACUUUGUGCUUCCAAGUGACAACAUAGCCAAGACAGAGAUAACGACACAUUUUGGCCGCAUUCCCAAAUUAAUUAACCCCCUCCACCCCUCGAAACGUCAAACAGUGUUGAAUUACCAACUACUCUGUGAGGGACUACAAGCAUCAGCAACAAAGGCAAACGCAUUGUUUUGGAUGCUGAUGGUGGUGUCUAUGGUCUAUUGUGGACUGGACAAGAUUUUCGCAGACAUAAAACAAAGCCAACCAAAUUUCAUCAACAUUAUCUGGAACUUGAUUGCCAAUAGCGUUACAGAAAGAUUUCAAUAAUUGUCACUGAUCGCCCAUUCUAUGCCUGAAGACUGACUAAAGAAUUUACUGGUAUUUUUCCCAACCAAAUACCCACACAUUUCUCCAAUAAUUUUAAGCUAUUCAAUAUUCAACGCCAACCCCACAGCAACAACAUCAACGCCGGUAACAUUUCUUAUCUCUGCUGUUGUUAUUGGUUUUGCCGCAAAUUUGUAAUAUUUGUGUCAGAAAGAGAAAAAACACCGGCGUGACGUACUUAUUCGUACAUUAAUCCCAUUUUCCACUGGCCUUAAUAAGACAGACAGACAGCCAGCUAGCCAGCCAACUCUCAACAGCAACCUCAACAACAACCACAACAACAACUUUUGUUUGGCAGCUAUUCUGCAUUACUUCACGCCGGCUAUUCUCUUCAUUUAAGGCCAUUCAAACUGAAGCUGCUACCACAGAAGACGAAGGGGAAAUGCAGGAUUUCAAGCAUUGCCGGCUAAUACCGUUUUUAGUCGUUGCAUUGCUUUUGCCAUCAGCGAUAGCAUCUUCACUGCAGUCGACCGAAAACCACGAAAAUUCCGAAUCCCUACUAACACCCGAUGAGAUACUCAAUCGUAAGUUUGCCAACAGCAAUGCCAAUCAUUCGGAAUUGGUUAGAGCAGUUCGUGAGUCCUUGAAGGAAUACGAACUCUAUAAACUAAAGCAGAAACGAUCUAGAGUAAAACGAGCCUCGGCAAAACGUGUCUGCUACGAUGAGCUGGGCUGUUUCGAAGACUCGGGGCCGUUUGCCUAUUUGGAAAUGUUGCCAUCACCGCCCCAGGAAAUCAAUACGAAAUUCUUUUUCUAUUCGACAAAAAAUCGUUCGGAACGGCCUCUCAUGGAGUUGCCCUUCCUCAAUAUGACAGAUGCCUUUAAGAACGUGAAGUCGUAUCAUCGAAAGCGUAGCUUGAAUAGCACAGAUUAUCCGGAGAUGGUAACGGAACAGCCAACAACAACGGCUAUGCCGGUUAGGAAGACAACAUCGUUCCAUAAGGUACCCAUUACCCUGGAUGAUUUGGAGGGUUUCGAUGAAAUGUCGGUAAGGGUGAUUGUGCAUGGUUUCGGCUCGGCAUGUCCUCAUGUUUGGAUCUAUGAAAUGAAGACGGCCCUGAUGGCGGUGGAAGACUGUAUUGUCAUCUGUGUGGACUGGGAGAAUGGUGCCACCUUCCCCAAUUAUGUGCGGGCUGCCACAAACACCCGCCUGGUGGGCAAACAAUUGGCCAUGCUCUUGAAGAAUUUACAGGAUUAUAAGGGCCUGAAUUUGGCCAAGACUCACAUCAUUGGAUUUAGUUUGGGUGCCCAUGUUUCGGGCUUUGCUGGCGCCGAAUUACCGGGGUUGGCUCGCAUUACAGGCCUGGAUCCUGCCGGUCCGCUCUUCGAGGCCCAACAUCCCAAGGUCCGCUUGGAUAGCAGUGAUGCGGAAUUUGUCGAUGUAAUUCAUUCGAAUGGAGAAAAUCUAAUUUUGGGUGGUCUUGGCUCCUGGCAGCCUAUGGGUGAUGUUGAUUUCUACCCCAAUGGAGGAAGGGUCCAGACAGGAUGUUCGAAUCUCUUUGUGGGAGCGGUGACUGAUUUUAUUUGGUCUGCCCAAACGGCCGAGGAAGAAGAGGGCCGUUCCCUGUGCAACCAUCGCCGGGCCUAUAAAUUCUUCAUUGAUUCCGUGGCGCCCAGGUGCUUGUUCCCCGCCUUUCCCUGUGCCAGUUAUGAAGACUUUUUAAAGGGCAAAUGUUUCCCCUGUGCCCAGGAUGAUGAAGAUCUAGCCGAAGGUGUACCCCGCUGUGGUAAUAUGGGCUAUUAUGCGGAUCGUUCUUCCGGCCGUGGCCAAUUGUAUCUUUUGACAAGGGAAGAGGAACCAUUCUGUGCCCAUCAAUUCCAGUUGCAAAUAUUCAAUUCCUUUAAUGAUUUGCCAUUGAGAACCAUUGGACGGCUGGAGGCCAUACUGGAGGGUGAAGGUGGUCUCAAUGAAACUUUCCAGAUAUCAGAAAAAGACGAUUCGGAAUUCUUUGCCGGUGACAUAGUCUCAAAAAUAAUCGUGCCUCAUCCAGCUCUGGGCUUUCCAACCACCCUAAGCCUAAACUACAAACACUAUAGCGGCUGGCUCUCCAAGGGUCUACCCCAUUGGGAUAUAGACAAAGUAAUCCUAACCGACAGCUAUGGACGUAGCCAUUCCCUGUGUAAACCCAAUACCAAACUCUCCACAGGCAGUCCGGUGCGCUUGAAGCUACAACCCGGCAAUUGUGAGCUAGACAAUCAAGAUGAAUAUGGAGCGUUUACCUCAAAACCCAUAACCGAAGGACCUGCCGACUCCACUGCCCAGGAAAGUGUACAGGCACCCGAGGCAGAUGCCGAUGCCAUUGAGACCAUUAAGAAGCACAAGAAUUUCCUCAACUUGGGUUCCAGUUUUAAGCUGGGUGAAAAUCAAACUUUCACCCUGGAGGAAAAUGGAGAUUUGCCAUGGCAACCCAUAUUGGAGGGUAACUCCUUGGAUAAGGAACAGGGAGAGACAAGUCGCAGUUUUUCCGAGCAGCCAGAGGAAAUUUUCGAACCCAUACUGAACGAUAGACGUUUGAAUGUCAAUCGAGGUCGUAAUUUAAAUGAUUUCACGGGGGUGGGUGAAAUUAUGGAGCCGGUACUGAAGGCCACCACACCCAGAGUCAAGAAAGGCAAGGAAAUCAUUUUGCCGGAACCCCAACCCAUAACAGAUAGGCCGGAUAAAUUCGAGAUUAUAAAAAUAUCCCCUCUCAACAAACAGGAGAGACCCAAAUCCAAUGCCGAAGAGGAGACAGUGACGGUGCAAUUGUUCCCCUUCCGUUUGGGGGAGUUAUUGCAAAGGGCCGAACGUUAUGCCAGAGAAACAAUUUUACCCUUGAUAUCGGUACAGGCACCACGUUUCUUUGGUUUCAAUGUGGGCCCCGCAAAUCCAGAGGUUGUUAAAUCGGAAACACGUAAACCCCGCUACAUACCACGUUUUGAGGAACGGGCACUUUCUAGCACUGCCCAGAAAAGGAAACGUGCCAACUCAGAGUCACAACGGGAACAGAGAAAUAUAUUCGCCCUCCUCAGGCCGGCAGGGGUUGUGGCCACUCCUCAGGUGGAGCAGAUUGCAGAGGAGUCACAAGACUCCCCAACAUAUUACACAAAUAUAGUAAUGACUGAAUCACGGGCCUUGAAACCGGAAAAUCCCGAUUAUGAGCCAGUUUUUAUAGAUUUACCCACAUACAGGCCACCCAGGGCCCGCACAGCCCGGGCGGCAUUCUUUACAACGUAUCUAAGCAGAUCGAAUUUAAAAAAAUCAUAGAAGACAGGAAUUUUCCAUUCGAAACUAUGGACGGGACUGCCAGGCAGUUGGAUCCAUAGGAACCAUUACAGAGAUGGGAAAAACCAAGAGAAUUAUAUGUGAUAUACCUAGAACAAAAAGGGGACAUUUUAAUGGAAACUGAGUUGUCCAGGGGGACUGGGGGGUUAAGAGGGGUAUAGCAUUGAUAUUAAAAAACACCAAAGUGGGAUAUCGAUUUUAUAAAAAACUUUGGUUUUAUCUAACUUGAAACUCCCAGACCUGGUUCCACCAACGGACAACAAUAUUUUGUAAACCGAUCAAACCGUGUUAUAUUUUUAAAUUUUUUAAAUAUUUUUUUUUCUAAUUUUACCCUUGGAAUAAUUUUAAACAUACCUAGCCCUUAAGUAUUUAUUUAUGUAAACCUUGUGUAUAUAUGUUUCUUUUUUUAAUAAAUGAAUUUUGUAUAUAAGUAUAUACAUAAAUAUAUAGUAACACAA